UCGUGGAUACAAUCAGUCGUCUCACCUCGUCCAACCGUCUCCCCCACCUGUUACUCUACGGGCCGCCCCGGACCGGCAAAACAUCUACUGUGCUGGCGGUAGCGCGGCAACUGUACGGGGCGGGCGGCGUACGCAACAUGUGUCUUGAGCUGAACGCCAGCAAUGAACGCGGAAUCGAUAUUCUCAGGCAGCAGGUGCAGGACUUUGCCUCCACGCAGUCCAUCAGCUUCGGCCGGCCCCGUCGCCUAGCUGGUUCCGUAGCCUAGCCGGCCAUGUAGCCUCGCCGCCCGCGGCCCCGUCUCCUAGCCGCCACGCGGCCCCGUCUUCCAGCCGCCACACGGCCCUGUCUCCUAGCCGCCACGCGACCCCGUCUCCUAGCCGCCGGGCGGCCCGGUCGCUUGCCCGCCACGCGGCCCUUGUUGACCAGCCGCCAUGCGGCCUCGCCGCCCAGCCUCCUCGCGGCCCCAUCCCUCAGCUGCCCCUAUGGCUCCCACCUCGCUUCAUCGACCCUUUCCACCGCACUGCACCGCCCUGCACUGCACUGCACCGCAUUGCACCGCACCCUACCGUACUGCACCUCACUCUACCGCAGUCUACCGCACUGCACCGCAACGCACCGCACACUGUUGCUCAGUACAGCCCACUACCGCCUUUCUGCUGCUGCAGCGACCAUGAUGGCGGACUCGGUGUUGCGCUUUGACGCGGAGGGUCAGCCGGCUGAGUUCGACACGUGGCUCGUCGACCUCCGCCGUCACCUCACUAGUCAGCGGCAGGACGGCCACUCCCAGGCCGUCCACAUAGAUGGUACGCUCCCCUGCCCUGACUCCCCUGCAGCUCUACCCGCUAACUCUACGUCUGCUGACCAAGAGUCCACUGCCGCUACUGCCCUUGCUCGUGCUGUCUGGUUGUCACGUGACGCUAUCACACACCAAGCGAUUAGUCAUGCCCUCCCCCUGUCUGAGCGCCCCCGCUUUAGGUCCGUCAGGACUGCGCAGGAGUUCCUCAAGGCUGUUGUCGCGCGCUAUUUUACCCCGCCCUCUGCCUCCGUCGGUCGCCUGAUCCUGCCCAUGCUCUUUCCUGAUCUCACGUCCUUCUCCACUGUCGCUGACCUGGACGCCCACUUGCGCACGCUAGAUGCGACCUGACGUGCUUCCUGCACUGAGGCCCAGCUCCUUGUGCUCCAGCCCCCCAUCUGCUCUACCCUCUACUUGCUUACCACCCGCCUCCCUGACUGUCAUGCUACCGCCCGCAAUCACUUCCUUAAUCUCCACCCGGCUGACCUCACCCUCACUGACUUUGUCGACACCCUGUCUGCCAUAGAGACGUGCCAGCGCUCUAUCGCCCAGUCACCCGAUCACUAUUUUUCAGGGCUGUGCCCCCGCCCGGUGCACUUAUUCUGACAGUUCUGCUGCUGUCGCUGAGAUCGCCCCUGCUGCGGAGACAAUCGCCGCGGCUAUCGCAAAAAAAAAUCGUCCAGGAAAGGGUCGUCACUUCAAGGCUGGGCGCGGCGGAGGUAGCGGAGGAGGGGGUGGAGGCGGAGGCGGAGGUGAAGGUGGUUUGCCCGCUGGUAGUACUGACGAGGGGGCUGGGGCUGGUGCCACGGAGCAGCAGCCCCAGCAGCAGGCGCCGCAGCUAGACUAGCAGCAGCAGCAGCCGUAGUAGCCGCAGUAGCGGGGGGGUCGGCCGUCUCCUGCCCAUGUGGCCUGGCGACGGUGGUGGAGGUGGUCGCAGUGGCCGUGCGCGCAGCGUGACAUCGGGUGGUGGUCCGAGUGACGGGCGCUGCCAGUACCAGCUCCAAAACGGUCCUCGCCGCGGCCUCGUGUGCAGUAAGAUCGGCCAUACCCCCACUCGUUGUUUCAAUCGCCUAGACGACCUAUUUCGUCUCCGCUUCGACCCGACGUCAGACCUCCCCGACUGGUACAAUCUGCUCCGCCGUGGUGUUAGGAUAUUUGAUGUGGACAUGGACGAGAUUAGCUCUACUUUGUAUGUGCUGUAUGUCGAUGACUCUAGCGUGACUGGUUCCUAUUACCCCUUGGUUGUGUAGUGAAGGUGUGCCUAGUUCAGGCUCCCCUGUUGCGUCAGGCGUAGGAUCCCCUGCUCUGUUUAGCCUUGGUUCCACCCUCGCUCCUUCGAUCCUUGCCGCCACUGCCACGCUCUCCUUCACACUUGACUCCUGCGUGUCCCGGUUUUUCUUUCGGGACUCCAUUAAGCGUACGCCGCUUGCUGCUCCCGCCGCAGUUGCCCUUGCAGACCCUUCCUCAGGUCCUGUAAGCACCCGUAGCUCCACCACAUUUCCCUUUCCAGCGAUUCUUUCAGGCUCCCUUACAGGCCUACACAUCCCCUCGUUCUCUAGAAACCUAGUUGGUAUCGGCUGCCUCCAGGUCCUUGGUGUCACCACUACGUUCACUGGUCACAAGCGGUACGCUGUCUGUACCGAGGCCGCCACUGGUGCUCCCCUCACCACGUUCCCUUGGGACCCGGUGUCUGGCCUGUUCACGCUGGACACCGUGUUCCCCACAGCUGAGACAUCUCCCUAGGUGUCUGCGUCUACCCAGCUUGUUGCGGCUUGCAGGUGUCGGUCGCUUACUCAUCCGACGCUUCUAUGGCACCACCGUCUAGGUCACCCUGCCCUCAUAUGUCUUCAUCACAUGUCUCAACACAGUCUUGUCUUAGGUCUCCUUGAGUCGUUCCCCGCGCUACCCUCCUCACCAGCGCUGCCGUGCACGCCCUGCAUUGAGGGCCGGCUCCGCCGUGCCCCCCACUCCUCCUCGUUCCUCCCCACCGCCGCAUCGCUGCAGGCCCUGCACAUGGACGACUGGGGCCCCGCCCCCGUCCAUGGGCGGCGUCGAGAGCGCUACUUCCUAGUGCUUUUCGCACGACUACACGUGCUACACCACGGUGUUUCCCCUGGAGCGGAAGGCCGACGUGCCUGACUUUCCUAUCCCGUAGCUUGUCUCUGAGCAUGUUCACCGCGGUCUCCUAGUGUUGCGUCUUCACUCCGACCGUGGUGGCGAGUUCGCCUUUGGCUGCCUUGGUCGCUUCUGUCGUGCGGAGGGCAUCACCCAGACGUACACCCUGCUGGACUCCCCGCAGCAGAAUGGGGUCGCUAAGCGACGCAUCGGUUUGGUCAUGGAGGUGGCUCAUACCUCCAUGAUCCAUGCUAGUGCACCCCAUUUUCUGUGGCCGAUCACUGUUUGCUACGCCGCUCACCUGCUUCACCUGUGGCCGCACCCUCAGCAGCGGCAGGUUUCGCCGACCCUCCUCUAGACCGAGUCCCCUGGUGACGCGUCUGUGUUCUACGUCUGGGGCUGCCUUGCUCACAUUCGUGCCUCUGGCACGGACAAGCUCACAGCCCACUCUGUCCCCUGUGUCUUCCUAGGUUUCCCCCUUGACUCGUCUGACUGGCACUUCUACCACCCGCCGUCUCACCGCUUCUUUCACUCCCGCGACGUCACAUUUGACGAGUCUGUCUUCUUUUACCACCGCUUUUCCCACCGUG